AUGGGCUACGCACUCCACGAACCCCAGAAAUCCGUCAAGAUUCCACAACUGCAACGUGCAAUCGUAUGCCUUUCCAAUGGUGAGCUGGGUCACGUCCGCGACGCGCCCAUCCCCCCCAUCGCUCCGGACAUGGUGCUAGUGCGCACGGCAGCAGUAGCACUAAACCCGACGGACUACAAAAUGUUCGCGAACUUCCCGACUCCGGGCGCGAUCUCCGGGUGCGAUUUCGCCGGCACAGUAGCAGCCGUUGGAUCUGCGGCGAGCUCGCGGUUCAAGGUCGGGGAUCGCGUGUGCGGCGGAGUGCACGGGGCGAACCCAGCCGACCUCGCUGUCGGGGCCUUUGCCGAGUACGUCGGAGCCACGGCGGACAUUCUGGCGGCCAUUCCUCCGCACUUGUCAUUUACGGACGCGGCGGCCAUCGGGGGCGCGGGUCCGGCAACUAUGGCUUUGGCUCUUCGGGAUGAGCUGGGGCUGGCGAUUGAUCCGUGCGCUUGCUCAGAGCGAAAGGACGAGUUUGUGCUGGUCUAUGGGGGAAGUACCGCCACGGGGACGAUGGCGUUGCAGUUUCUGCGCCGAGCUGGUUACCGCGCCAUCGCCACCUGUUCACCCAGAAAUGCGGAUCUAGUGCGCUUCUACGGCGCCGAGGCCGUCUUCGACUACCAGUCCGAGCAGUGCGCCGAGGAGAUUCGGAGCUACACCAAGAACACGCUCCGGUAUGUGCUGGACUGUAUCACGGCGCCGGAGACCGUUGGUCUCUGCCUGGGGAGUAUCGGGCGCGCGGGGGGCAUGUACUGCGGGUUGGAGGCGUUCGGCGACGAGUUACGGCUGCGUAAGGCUGUGUCUAUGGGAUGGGUGCUGGCGCUGAGCAUCUUCGGUAAACGGAUCGCGCUCGAUCGGGGAUAUGGCAGGGAGGCGGAUCCCAGACAUCGAGUGUUGGGUCGGGAGAUGUUUGAGGAGGUGGAGCGGAUGCUGCAGAAUGGAGAACUGAGGGCCCAUCCGGUCCGUGUGAUGGAUGAGGGCUGGGAGGAUAUUCCUCGGGGACUGGGUUUACUUAAGGCUAAGAAGGUCUCCGGGGAGAAGUUGGUGUAUAUUGUUGAUAAGUGCCAGAUGGAUCUAUAG